AUGCUAAGCGAGUUUGGCCAGGAAACUUCGGAAUCGCCUAUGCCAAAAAGCCUUCCGCGAAAGAUAUAUGUGAUGGAACCCGAAAAACGGCUUCAGAUCGCCGAAAAGCCAGAAACAUCCCGAAUGGUGGCGCUUGAGGAAGAAAAUCGCGUUUUGCGCGAUCAGCUGCUGGAGUGUCGCAAGAAGCUUCGGAGCACCCAGGCGUCUUUAGAGGGUGUAUCCGCCGACAUCACAGGCGUACUUUACGAGAAGCUUGACGGGGUAGCCAUCACCUACAGCAGAUUGCUAGGCUCAGACGUCGACAAGUCGGAGCUUGAUGUGCCAAGAGAUGGAGAAGCGGAUAAAUGUAUCGAGGAUUCUGUCUACUCUCAUAGACUGGACUUCGGUUGCGAUAUCCAACAGGUCGAUAGCUCACUUAUAUCACCCACAACAGACAUAACGUUGCCGCAAACUAACAACCGUAUAUCGGACCUUGGACCGGUAGAGAUCAUCCGCCGCAAUGAGGACCCGACUACCCUUCCGGAUAUUUCUUCCACACUGUUCCCAGACCUGCUUCAUGAUCUCACAUCUUCCGGAAUUGGGUUUGGCUGCUUUCAGCAAACAGACUCGGGGAAAGAGCCUGGAGCCAACUCAUCAGACUCUGCUCACAUUAUCGCGUUCGAAUCCUGUAUCAAGCGAAAAUGGAAUGAAAUGAAAUAUCAGCUGCACGAUGACAUGAAUAGCCUUCGCUCCUCUGUAGACCUCAUAUUGUCAGGAUUCAUAUGCUCGAUGUGGCCGCCAAUGAUGAGCUUCUAUACCUAUACGGGUGCUCACAACCGACUUGGAAAGCUGACCAUGCGGCGGAUCAACGCAAGCCCAGAGACGUCCGCCGAUCUCGACCCAUCUUACCGACCGAGUCUCCUUCAACAGUCUAGCUUACACGCUGCGAUCAUCGACUGCAUACCGUUUCCAUCUCUAAGAGAUCGGAUUCUACUUGCGUAUACCGACGAGCACCUGGACCGCUUAGUCUGCGAAAUUGGCGACUCCUACGUUAUCCAAGUCGAUCUGUCGAAACUAGUCGAGGCUUCGUCCCAAAGCUGGGAUAUAUAG